GAGUUUUUGUAUUGCACAUGUUACAAAGCGGUUGAUUCGGCCGGUUCUUAAAACUUCACAGAGAACUUUAGUAACCAGUUGCAGAAAUACUCAGUUACAUCGGCUAAUAAAUCUCGAAUCAAACAUGUCGAAGUACGAAACCUUGGAAAAGGGCGCCCAGAACUCCCCCAAUUAUAGCCUUUAUUUCAAGAACAAGUGCGGCAAUAUCAUCUCGCCGAUGCACGACAUUCCAUUAUAUGCUAACGAUGAAAAAACCGUCUACAACAUGGUUGUCGAGGUCCCACGUUGGACAAACGCCAAAAUGGAGAUUAGCCUGAAGACACCAAUGAACCCCAUUAAGCAAGACAUAAAGAAGGGUAAAUUGCGUUAUGUGGCCAACUGCUUUCCGCACAAAGGUUACAUUUGGAACUAUGGUGCAUUGCCGCAGACCUGGGAGAAUCCCGACCAUAUUGAACCUUCGACGGGCUGUAAAGGAGACAAUGAUCCGAUCGAUGUCAUCGAGAUUGGCUAUCGUGUAGCCAAUCGUGGCGACGUUUUACAAGUCAAAGUUUUGGGUACCAUUGCGCUAAUCGAUGAGGGCGAGACCGAUUGGAAAAUAAUUGCCAUCGAUGUGAACGAUCCAUUGGCAUCAAAAGUUAACGAUAUUACAGAUGUGGAUCAAUAUUUUCCAGGCUUGCUACGUGCCACUGUUGAGUGGUUCAAGAUUUACAAGAUUCCCGAUGGCAAGCCAGAGAAUCAAUUUGCAUUCAACGGUGAUGCAAAGAACGCAGAAUUUGCAACAACUAUCAUUGCCGAAACCCACAAAUUCUGGCAAACUUUGAUUAAUCAAACCACUCCGGGAUCUAUCUCAUGCGCUAACAUUACCAAUCGCAAUUCUGAAUUUGUUAUAAGCAAAGAAGAGGCUGCAAAACUUGUUGAUGAUGCUCCAGAUGGUGGAAAAGUCGAAGAAAUAACCGACACAGUCGAUACUUGGCAUUUCAUACAUCUCAAGUGAAAAUGUAUCUAUGAGCUGUACCGCCUUGCUCCAGUGAGUUUGAAUCGCAGAGCCCCUAUAACUUGAAUAUAAAUAGCACUCUAUUUUGAAUUUCACACAUAUGCAGAAUGUAUUGGUUAUAAAAAUAAAUAUGUUGCACAUA